AUGACUAAUCAGAGACUUAACCUAUUGGUCAUCCGUGCUGAUGAAGUCAAAUAUCAUCUUCUUGAGACUGAGGUUAAUAAAGCCUUUGGACCUGACAACGUAAGUCCCUACAUACUUAAAAAGUGUGCUGACCAGCUUGCAACUCCUCUGGCCACCUUAUUCCAAAACUGUCUCAACAGCAAAAGUGGCCAGCUAUCUGGAAACAGGCUAGAAAUGACAAGUUUCUUUGACAGCAACCACCUACUCAGUAGCAAGCAGUUUGGCUUUAGAUCAAAGAGAUCAGCAUCCGACCUACUACUACAGUUAGUCACCAACUGGAACAAAUCCCUUGAUGCUGGCAAAGAAACUUAUGUCGUUGCCCUGGAUAUCGCAGGUGCACGAAAACAUUAUUUCAAAACUAAAAAGCUUUGGCAUUGA